AUGAAUGCCCGUAGGGCAAGACUUGAUUGCAGUAAUCCACAUUCGCAGUUCUUCUCGGCAUCGCAGAGCCUACGGCGCGCAAAACACCAUGAUUCCACUUCUUCGUCACCCUACGAUAAUCCAGAGUCAUUCGAGUCCACUCAAAGCGAAGAUCGGUCUAUCUUCAACGCCAUCAGAGUCGUGACACCAGAUGGACCUAGCACUCGUUUCUAUGGCUCACUCUCCCAAGAGAACCCCGUCCACGAGCAAGGAUUAGCGGUAAAUAUGGCUAGAUUCGUUCCUACAGACCCACCAGAGCCACCUACUGUCCAGAAGAUACUCAGAAAAAGACAGACAGCGGCAGAAAAGCGUGGUGAUCGCACCAAGAUGCUCUCUGAUCAGUAUUCGCACACCACCCAUCGACCAAAGCCCUGCAACAAACCAAUAGAACCUCACUUCGCUCAAUGCCUGCAUCGCAAAGCUGUCUCCCUCGGCGCCACUGAUAGCUCUCGUGGUCCGACAUGGUCUGGGAGCAUGCAUCCUGCAAUAACCCCGGUCCAGCCUCGAUACCCACCACCAGAAAGAAGCACCACACCACCUGGUCUUCCCUCUUUCGGUUCGCCAGAGGCGAUGCGCUACUCUGCUCGGUUUCUGAUGCGAGACAAUGGCACAUGUGCACAUGCGAACACGCACGGCCCUAGUAAUACCCACUGCAGCAGCUCAUACGGCGAAGCUCUAAGGCGUUUUUUUGGUCUUCCAGCAUCGACUCCGCGUAUCGAUGUACGCUCUGUGACUGGGAUUGGGAGAGCUGAGGAUGGCACGAUGGUUCAGGGUCGGUUUCCUUAUCGACAAAGCGGCCAUGGAACGAAUGUCGUUCGACAGUUGCAUGAUCACCCGUUCCAUCAUCGUAUUCCUGUCGCCCGUCAUGAAGCCGUGGACACUGAUCGCGAUCCUUAUAUCGAGGCUGCACACGCAAAGCAUGCCGGUAUAGGUCUUUGUCCAAGGCGUCCACAGUCCUUCAAUACUCAGCCGAGACGACGCUCGCUGACUCCCGGGGGUGGCUUCUCGUUUCCAUCGAGCCCGACAUCUGCUGUGGUGGCUCGUUCGCGUCCACCUAGGGCUGUUGCGCUUUUAGGUCUCCCAAGAAAUCUGUCUGCACCAGAAGGGCUCUCUAGGACGGCGGGUACACGCCCGGUGGAAUCUCCCGCUCAAGAGCCCAGAGAUGCUGCAGACCAUUUUCCUUCGACUUCGUCCCGGCUGCGUGCGGUCCUUUCGGCUGCCCGUGUAAGUGGUCUCAAUGGAGAUCAUUCGGACCAAGUCCCUCAUACACGAAAGCCCAUUCUUUCGAGCCUCGUUAGUUCGAUUAAAGCCCAGCCUUGUUCCUAUUGUUGCUUGGGCUGGCACCAAGAGCCCGACGAUUCUCUUGGUGUGACCAGCUCUCGUGACACAUAUACAACCGCCAGGAGUCAGGUGUCGCCUAUAGCAUGUCAGGUUUGA